UCGUUCAGCUCAGUGGCUCAGCUCGCUCUGACCUGAUUUAUAACCUAAUAGGAUUAUUAGCUUAUUAUUAGUAAUUAAAUAGUUUUCCUUUAAAUUGCUGUGUUAAAGGGCAAUUUAGUAACAUGGCUAAUACAAAUGCUGGAGUGUGUGGCAUAAAAGAGGAGUUUGUUAUCAAAAUGCCCGAGAAAAAUGGUGGAAAUGAAAAAGACACGAACUCUUGCGAGAAACGCAAACUAGACGAAGCUACCGACGAUAGUAAUAUAGAUAACAAGAAGACGAAAAGUGGUGAUAACAGGGAACAACAACAAAAACCUAGGGAAAGGAAACGGGGACAGAACAAGGCAAGACCAAAACCCUAUCAAGAUGACAAGCAAAGUAAGUCAUGCCCUAGCAUUGUUAAUAUAAAAUCGGCAGCUGACUUACAAACUUGCAAGUAUAACAAUUGCAAAUUUAUCCAUAACCCCUUAGAGUAUUUAAAGAAUAAGCCAAAGGAUUUAGGGGACCAAUGCCACUUGUUUCAACUUCGCGGUGAAUGCCCACGGGGCAUUGCCUGCAGGUUUGGAUCAAGCCAUCUUACACCAGAGGGCUAUAAUGUGGUAAAUGAAAUUAAAGCCAAAGAAUGGAAAGAUGACACGAAAAAUACUCUCCAAACAGAGCUUCAAAUAAGCUUACAAAAAAGAACCUAUAAUUUUGACCUGUCUGAGAAACUAGUCAAGGUUUUGGACAAAAGAAAAACGGAUUCAAAACCAGAUCAACAAACGAAGACAGAAGAUACUAAAAGUGGUGUUAUUACUGAUGAAGAUUUGAUCAAACUUUUACCUAGAGAAAGAAAGACUAUUGAUUGGCAGGAUAAACUAUAUCUCAGUCCUCUUACAACUGUUGGUAAUUUACCAUUUAGGAGAAUAUGCAAAGAGUAUGGGGCAGAUGUAACCUGUGGAGAAAUGGCUCUAUGUGAGUCUCUCCUCAAAGGAAUGAAACAAGAGUGGGCUUUAGUCAAAAGGCAUGAAUCAGAGGACUUGUUUGGGGCACAAAUAUGCGGAACCAAUGUUUGGCAAAUAACAAAAGUAGCUCAGUUGUUACAAGAAAAAACAGAACUAGAUUUCGUGGAUUUAAAUCUUGGAUGUCCUAUAGAUUUAAUUUAUAAGAAAGGAGGUGGUAGUGGAAUGAUGCACAGGUUGCCUACUUUAGAGGCUUCUGUUACCUGCGCAUCAAAGUUGUUAAGUAUACCAUUUACUGCGAAGAUUAGGACUGGAGUUUACCAAGACAAGAAAAUUGCUCAUACCAUUGUGCCCAAAUUGGUAGAAUGUGGUGCCUCCCUUAUCACCUUACAUGGGAGGUCCAGGGAAGCUAGGUACACAAGAUCAGCAGAUUGGGAGUAUAUUGAAACCUGUGCUCAAGCAGCUAAUCCUUGCCCUGUCUUUGGCAAUGGUGACAUCAUGAGCUAUGAGGAUUAUGUUCAAAGAAGAGAAAUAGCUCCUACAGUUAAAGGUGUUAUGAUCGGACGAGGUGCUCUAAUCAAACCAUGGCUGUUCACUGAAAUCAAAGAGCAAAAACUCUGGGAUAUCAGCAGCAGUGAAAGAUUCGACAUUAUAAAGAAAUAUACAAACUAUGGGCUUGAACACUGGGGCUCAGAUACCCAGGGCGUAGAAAAUACGCGGAGAUUCUUAUUAGAGUGGCUAUCAUUUUUGUACCGCUAUGUACCAGUAGGCCUCCUUGAGAGACCACCACAAAAAAUAAAUGAGAGACCUCCCAAUUAUUUUGGUAGAAAUGACUUGGAAACCCUAAUGGCCUCUGGGAACUGCCAAGAUUGGAUCAAGAUUAGUGAAAUGCUUUUAGGGCCUGUACCUGAUGGGUUCCACUUUCUGCCUAAGCAUAAGACAAACUCUUAUUAGGAUUUUUUUACCAUUAUGAUAGUAUUAUUGUUUAGCUUACAUAGAUAUAUGUACAAAUAUUACAAAUAAAUUUGUUUUCAUAACA